AUGCCUGUCCAAACCUACAGCUUGUUUGUUCUGACUAUCAUCAUGAUUUAUUUUGGACGUGUUGAAAAUAGAUUUAAUCUGCUUCAACUUCAAGAUGAUAUAGACAAACUGAAAGCUGAUUUUAACUCAAGUCAUUCAGAUGUAGGUGAUGGCAGACCAAUCUUUACGGGGAGAUUGUCAAACUGGACAGAGAGAAAUGAAAAAAGGAUCAUCCUGAGUCAGAUUGUUUCCAUGUACUUGAAAAUCCUUGAAAAUACUGACAAGUCAAAGGCGCAUGUCAGGAACAUAACUGAGGAGCUCUACACUCUGAAAGAAAGCCUUUCUGAUGGCUCAAAGAAGAUGGAAUAUCUCAAGGACCUGACAAAGCUUCAGGUGAAUGACUUGAAAAUUCAACGUAAAGCUGUGAAUGAGCUGUUCAGCGUCUUACAAAAACUGGGAGAUACUCCAAGUUCUUACAAAAGAAAAAGAAGCCAGUUUCAGAGGCAGUGCAAAUGCUAAUGCCAUCUUAUGUUCU